AUGGCUAAUCCAAGCUUCAUUGUUGGUAUUAUAGGAAAUAUGGCCUCUCUACUAGUUUAUCUUGCUCCCAUAAAGACAUUUUCACAUAUAGUGAAACAUAGAUCAACUGAGGAGUUUGAGAGCCUUCCUUAUGUUAGCACAUUAUUGUCUUCGUCCGUGGGGAUCUACUAUGGAGUCACAAAGCCCGGAAUGUACCUGCUAGCCACUAUCAAUGGCCUUGGGGCACUCAUCCAGCUUGUUUAUGUUGUCUUGUUCCUCAUAUAUGCACCUCCAAAAAUAAGGGCCAAGACCGCUAUACUUGUUGGGGUUUUGGAUGUGGGGUUUCUAGCAGCAGUAUUUCUCGUCACUCAAUACACAAUGCAUGGAGAUUUACGGAUCGGUGUAGUAGGGUUUAUUCGUGCAGGCAUAACUAUAGCCAUGUAUGCUUCACCUUUAGUGGCUAUGUUAAGAAGCUCUCUUUUAUCAAAGUUCACACACACACAUAAUGGCACCUUUGAUAGUGCAAAGGCCAGUCCAUAUGAAAUAGAGGGUAUUGGCUUGUGUUCCUAUCUUAAAGGCCUAAAUUCUUUCUUCAUGCAUGCCUAG